AUGAAAAUUGGCACGACCGGUGGCGGAAGGCAACGGAAACAUGCUGAAAUCUUGGUAACUCGAGCAUUUAAAUUCUUGAAGUAUUACUGUGGGCAAUCGGGCGAGGAAGAAGAAAACCUGUCGUCGAAUGUCAGACUUGUUGAUUACCUUCUGUGUUCUUCCAAAUUUCUAACAGAUUUUCUUGAUCACCUCGAAAGCACCCGGCAAAUGGGUCAAUCUGGUCGACUCGGCUACGUAAACAGUAUCGCUGAUCUCUUAGAUUUCCGUCGAUUCCAUACACCUUCAGGGCCCGUACUUCAAAAUUUUUCCAUUACCGAAGCAUACAUAAAACGAGCAAGACAAUGCUUAGCAAAGCAGAUGCGUUCUCACUGGACGACGGACUUGGAUAUUGCAAGCCUCGAAUCGAGAAGAAGUUGA